GAUUUCUAUGAAUUUUAGUGAACAAAAACAGUGUAGUGUGCUAAUGAAAUCGCCAAAACUAGUUACUAAUGAACUAGGAAUUUGAAAAUACUAAAAGUAUCAGUGACAAAAAACCAGUGUAAAACGGGCUACUGAAACAUCAAAACAAUACUUUUCUACAAUAAUAUUUGAAACGUGAAAAACAGUGCCACAACCAACCGUUUUAGUUUGGGGUGCGAACGAAAAAGUGUGUGCUUAGGUGCGAAAACUAAUGAACAGUGUUUUUAUUCAAAGCUAAUUAAUUAAUAAACAGUGUGAGAAGUUUAGGGUGGGAAUAGAACAUACAACAGUGAUACCAAUUUAGUGGAAACAGUGAUGGAAUUUAGAUAUAUACAUACUGAGAUGUGGUAAUGUUUCGAAGAUAAACAGUGUGGAAAUUAUUUGUUGGUAAUUAGGAUAAGAUAAAACAAAGUUUAUCGAGGAGAAAGAAAGUUUGGUCUAUCAGUAAAAUCUGUGUGGAAACUGAUUUAUUUUAUCUGGAACACAGUAAUUGAUAUAAGGAGUAGAAAACAAACCCUCCAACGUUUUUAUUGAUUAACAGAGAAAACUUGUUGAUUCUGAUUAAAGUAAAAUAAAACAUUGUUAAAAGUUCGGGGUGUCUGUAGAAACAGUGUGAUAUCUAGUGUGUGACGAGCCUAACCUCUGUAAAAGGAGGCUGUGUAUUUGUGCGUGUGAUUGGUGAACAACUAUGGGAUUAUUUUGGUGCCUUGUCGAUUUGGAUUAUUACCCCUGUACGACUAAUUGAGGGCCAUUGGCAUGUUGGGCUCGUCGGACUGCGUCGGAGGCGGCGGAGGUGGCGGCGGAGGCGGGGGUGGCACUCACGGCCUCCUCACCCUGCACUACGGCAAGCAUCACGCGUCGCUUUUCGACGAGGUGCACCAAUGGUUCGAUGCCGAAAGCCACGCCGAUCUGGCACUUGUUUGCGGUAGCGGGGGCGGCAGUGGGAGCGGUGGAGGCGGCACAAGUUGCCUGCGCGCGCAUCGUCUAGUGCUCGCCUCGGCUUCGCCGCUCAUUCACCGCCUCCUAGCCGACCGCCCCCCAAAUGAGGCGGCGACCGUUACCAUUCACCUACCCGAUGUCUGCCCCCGGCACAUGCGUCACAUGCUACAGUUUCUCUAUACGGGACAGGCUAGUGUGCAGCCGACCGACAUGUCCGGCCUACUAGAGCUGUUCGAACUCCUAGAGAUCAAGUCGGAGCUGUGGAGCGGCGGUGGAGGCAGUGGCGGAUACGCAAGCGGACACACAUCGCCCGCCGACACGCGGCGGAGACCGCGCGGAGAAUCUACCUCCAGCGGCGAAACCACGACAACGGCGGAAACCGCGCGACUCAAAGACACAUUCACCAACAAUAACACCACGCCGCCAGCUCGCGUCAAACGUGAACAGGAGGACGAGGAGGAAGAGGAGGAGGAAGUGAAGGAGGAAGAGGAGGAGGAGGAUGAGGAGAGGAGUAGAGGAGCUGCCCCAUUCGGACACUAUGCGCUAAUGACGCAUCGCCGACGAAUACGACGCCUAGUCGACGCCGACGUCGCAGCUCGUCGAUUCCCUGUUAAUUUAUCGUUGAAUACCGAACGCGAAAACCGACGAACGCCCACGCAUAACGACGCCGACCGACCACCGUCCGACAGGGAGUCGCAGCACAGUCCAAUGAGCUUGAGCCAGCAAAUAAAGCGAUCACCUCGGGGGGUGGAGUCGAGUGGCGAGGACAGUUCGCACCCUGAGAUGACAGUCCAGUUGAAGCGCAAGUCACGAUACAUGGAAGACUACCGCAGUCAUCUUGAGGUUGACGACGACCACCGGAAGCUGCCAGAGGAGGCUCUCCAACAGCAGGCGGCUGCCGAGAACUACGUGGUGACCCCACACCGCAAACGGCGACCCGGCUUCCACAACGCGCCCUCGCAGAACCCCUACUUUGUGCCGUUCUCGCCGUCCUACAUCGACGAGAUCUCCUACAGGCACCAUCGGAACAACCAGUUGCUUAGUGCCGCUACGCCUCCCUUCUUCGCCACCGCCGAAAAUCCGUCCAAGAAUGCUGUACCGCCUGGCGGAGUACUACAGAUGAACACAGUAGACGAGAUAGUGGUGAAAUACCGACCGCCAAGCGAGGACCUCCCUCCCGCGUCGCGCUCACCUCGCUCCAACUUCCAGUUCGCCGGCAACAACGCGGAGAGCUCAUGGGGCCCCUGGGGCCUCUGUCAGCCUCAGGUGGGGCCAGUGCCCCCCUCAGAGCGCGGCGCCAGGGACAGGGAUGAACCUCCUCCUUCCGGUGGCGAGGAGAGCGAUACGGGGGGCGCGGGAGGCGGCAACGGACAGGGGGAUCGUGGCGGGGGCGGCGGAAAGACGUCAGUUACGCCUGCGCGGGAAUACCGGUGCGAGUAUUGCGGUAAACAGUUCGGCAUGUCAUGGAACCUUAAGACUCACCUGCGUGUUCACACCGGAGAGAAGCCGUUCGCCUGUAGGCUCUGUGUUGCCAUGUUCAAGCAGAAGGCGCACCUGUUGAAACACCUGUGCUCGGUGCACCGCAACGUGAUCAGCGUGGCGGGGGGUGCGACGGGGGGAGACGGCGACACCGGCCACUUCAACUGUUGCUUCUGUCAGCUGACGUUCGAGUCACUCCAAGAGCUCAUCCGCCAUCUUUCCGGACCCCACAACAAUCUGCUACUCAGCAAAAACCUGCAUGAAUGACCCAGGUCGCGCGCCCAAGCCUAACACUGUCCUCCCACUAAAGGACGAGACCAUAUUAGGCGUUUUCAGAGUCGGCAUGGCAGGAACAGAGAGUAUAGAACCACUACCUCCGUAAACAAAGCCAUAGUGCAUGACAGGUGGUUGAUGGUGACGUCAGCACAGGUAGGGCUCCUACACCAAUAAAAACACUAGCUGAUAUAGAUCAGUUGAAAUCAACCAAUUUUAAUGGUGUAGGGGCCGUACCUGUUGUGACAUCACCAUCAACCAUCUGUCAAUGCACUAUGGGUUUGUAUAUGGAGGUAGUGAUAGAACACUCUCUAUAAAGUGCUCUCUGGGCAGGAAGCUCAUUACAUUAGCUUAUACAUUCUAUACUUUCUGGGCAGGAAGCUCUCUGAUCGGCCGAUUGGGUUGGGGCCCGAAAAAUCGCCCCAUAUGGUCUCGCCCUAUGGCUGGCCACUAACGUAACGUUUCACAUGUCCGAUAUAAGGCUGCAUACAGAUUUGAGCGCCAAGAACACAUGCAUUCUAGUUCUCAGCUGCUGAUUGAAUAAAUAAUAAAUAAAUGCUUUAUUCAACCAAUAGAAAUAAAUUACAUUACAAUUGCACUUAGAAGCACAAACGAAUUUCUUAAUUAAACAUCAGUAGCUACUUAUUAUAGGAGAAGCCUACCCAAACAGGGGCGUGGCCUUGCCCCCCGGGGCCCGGGCACCAGCGCCAAGGCCAAAUCCCCCCUUUCCAGGGAAGGGGGACCAGCUCCAAGGGGUCAUUGACCUGUUACGUCCGCUCACUUCAAAUCAUAAACCUUUUAUCUCCACCCAUUUCCAUCAGUUCGAUCCUCCCUCCACAUCCAACCAUUUUGUUCAAAACCAGCCUUUUAUCCUAGUCAGAUGGUUUUUUUUUGGAUAUAACCAUCAUAUCGAUGUUCUUCUGGUGUUGAAAAACCAUCCUUAUUGAAUGGAAUCUCUGGUUUACAAGCUUUUCCCACUUAGCCUUCAGUCUUCACUCAGCAUUCAAUGAGAGAUUUAUACAGAACUACCCAUCAAGCGAAUCAAGGAAUGAGGUAAAUCAACACAUUCAAAUACUUAUUUCAACAAUUAUUAUCAUUUCCAUCAUUCAGACCGAUCAUUCUAAAUCCCCCUACCCCUCCUCCAUCAAUUUUAUUUUUGUAUUCAGGUAUCUCUUUUGUUCUCCUCCCACAAUAUUUUUGAAUACAGUCGAACCUCUGUAUAACGAAGUCGAUUAUCCCGAGAAAAAAUUCGCUGCUGAGAGGUAUUCAUUAUUGAGAGGUUCUGUUAAGAAAACUGCCAGGAUCCUAUAGAUCUUAUAAUAUCUUAUCACGGCGGUAAAUAAUUGAAUAUGGUACAUAAAACAUAUCAUCGCGAACGUAGGUAGGGUUAGGCCAAUAUUAAUAUAAAAAUUUAAAAACUCAUGCUGUUGAAAAAACAUGUUUUUUAAUAUUUGUAGAAUGUAAUAAGUAAAAGUAUCGAUUGAAACAUUGAUAUGAUGUUUGUAUC